AUGCCCACCGAUUCCUCUGGCGAUUCCCGAGGUUUGGCCGCUCGUGUGGAUGCUGAUGCCGACAUCUGCUACUGCGAAGCGAAACACGUGCAGUCAUUCUAUGCCAGCAUCGCACGGAAUGAGCAGGGUAAACGAGACUUCGACAGCUACGCAGGUCGAGUCCUGAUCCUGGAUGAAGUGGAUGCACUGGUUAUAGACGAAGAGCCCAAUGAGCCGUUCGUGUACCCAAACACUGAGCUGUCUGAGAUUGCGACCACCGUUGCAUCCGGUUUACACAGUGGGAAGCGGCCCGACCAGUUGGCGCACCUCCGCACAUCCAACCAUCCAGCGGCGAACCGAGUCUUCCACGAGGUGUGCAAGGCCUUGGCUGCGGGGCGAUUUCGGGAGGGAAUGCGGUUUAAGCGUCCAGGCUCUAUUUGA